UGCAUAAGGAAUCGGUGAUUCUGGCUCAUUCUCCAUAAUGCCGUACAAAUAAAAAAUACAUCAGGUGAAAGGAUGGCAAUGAUAGGUGGAUGGUCUUGGAAAUUCACAUGCAGAGAUAUUGCUACUGAAGACCCUAGAGAGAAGUCCAAGGUCAAUCAACCCUUGGCAUCCAAUGAGGAUUAAUCUGUUAUAUAAUCCAUAUAGUUUUAGAGAAUUUAUUGAUCCUAAUAAUGCUUUAACAAAGUAAAGUUUUUCUUGUACUAAACUUAGGGGGCCCAGUGCAACCCCAAGGAUUGCAAACACAGAACCAGCAACAUCCUUUCCAUGUGGACACUCAGAAGCCUCCUGGUCAAGAUCUGCUUCCACAGAAUGAGCCACAGAUGUCAUCACCAAGCACAGUUCAGAAGCCUCCCUCAAUAGAACGCAUGUCUUCUGCUGCCAGGAACAUAGAGUCACAAUCCAGACAUCAGCAACCUCAAAAAGCUGCACCUCAUCCCCAGCUGAACAAGUCUCAGUCUUUGACCAAUGCCUUCAACUUCACCCAGUCAUCCUUCUUCAGAUCAUCAAGCAAUGAGGAUGAAGCCAAAGCAGACACUAUUCGCAAUCUGAGGAAGUCUUUUGCCAGUCUAUUCUCAGAAUAAUUGAGCAGAUUGCCAGUUCUGUGUAAUAAGCUUCAGGAAACAAAGGCCUCUACACUUCUAACUGGCUCCUGCGUUUGUGCUAAUAACUGGUUGCCUCUGAGAAAAUGCUGUAAAAUGUAACCAAUAUCAAUGUAUAACCUUCAUGAAUGUCAAGUUUCUACAAUCAGUUUCUGUAAAUUUUCCAUGAUGUAUUGCAGAUGUUAUCUAAUGUACAAUUUUAUAGUAGAGUGAUAAGCAAAUUGCUAGUUAUCAUGAUCCUUACACCUCCCUUAAAAGGCCUUGAAUUCCAGCUACAUUUAUUGCAUAUUUUCCAACUUUUGAACAUGGGAAAGGGGAAUGCUCUGGCGGCUCAUGUAGCGUGCUCAAUGUCAUUGAAAUAUAUGGCCAUCUUAUGUAAAUUAUGUUAUUAUGUUAUGAGCAUCCCUACCCCUUUACAUACAUCCUCUUAUUGGACCAGGAAUAAUAGCUGACUCCAAGUUCGGACCCAAAACCAGUUAUGAACAGAUGCAAUCUUAUCUUUAGUAAUGAUAAUGUAACAUACAACAUAGCACAGGGCAGCGAUCAUCAGUGUGAAACAUACAACACAGAUUAUAGAGUGCAGAUGUUAGGAGUAAAUACGUUAGGUAAGUUAUUGCCCAUUGCUGAGCAGUGGGAGUCAAGUGUUCCCAGCAUCAGCUGUCAGUAUCAGUAAUAAUGCCCAUGUGUUUGAAGUUAGUAGUGGGCAGAAUACCUUGGCAUCAAUGGUCAGUUGGGGAAAGAACGCCCCAGUAGUAAGAGGGCAGGCAAGAAUGCCCCAUCAUCGGCCUUCUGUUAUACCGCGUACACACGAUCGGAAAUUCCGACAAGAAAAGUCUGAUGUGGGGGGCACCCUAAACCUGGAUAUCUAAAGUUGGUGCUGCUAUAAAGACAGUAUAUAGUAUAUUCAGUA